AUGCAGGGGGAAGUGGUUGUCGACCUUCAGAAGAAGCUGACCAUGCAGAGCGAGAGAAUUGAAGCCCUCGAGGCAGAGCUCCAGGAGCUCAAAGACUUCAUGGCAGCGAUGGAGACGCAGACAGAAGCAGCCUGCACUCCGGUCGACCAAGCGGAAGCUGAAGAUGGUUCUGAGGCGGAGGCCAGCAGAGAUGACGAGGCAGCAUCGGCCGUUGCCAGGCUGCUACUGCAGCAUGUAUACUUGCAGGUAGACACGUGUCAGUGUGAAAGCAGUCCAGAAUUGAAGCUUGAGCAAGUGCAGGAGGUUCUUGAGACCCAUCCAGAAGUGAAGGUUGCCGAGCAAGUGCAGGAGGUUCUUGAGACCCACGAUAGGCCACAGCCGACGCGGUGGAAGUGCCUGUGGCGCUCAGGCAUGGACAUCCGGAGCCAUCCCCAAGUGCAGCGCUCCGGCAUCAUCGGCUUGCUGAAGUAUGGCCAGAUCUUUGAUGUAUUGGAGGAAAGGCCAGGCCGAGAGGGCACUGUGUUUUUGAAGCUGUGGGACGGCCCUGGCUGGGUCUUCAGCCAGAGCCGUUGUGGAACGUUUUGCAUCAAAGUCGUGGACGAGGCGUCUACGGAUGCCUGGAAGGACUGGCAAGGUCCAUCGCUUGCAGAGAAAUACGAGGGCCAAGGAGCCUGGAACACCAGCUCGAGCUGGCGAAGCCAGGACGAGAACGACCAAGAUUGGUCUAAGGCUGCUUGGGCAGAGCACCAGCACGAAGAAGCUUCGUGGAGUCAUUCGAGCGCUUGGGCAAGCUGGCGACGUUCCGGCGAGGGACGGUGCCAGGGAACCUGGUGCGACAAGCGCUGGGGGGACUCGCAGGAAGCCAGAUACCCAAGCUGGUAA